GAUCCGACCAGCCGUCACGACGCCCGUAAAAGGAUUCUCAGGCUCAUUAUGCGGUUAAGUAAGUGGAGCGAAUUGUGAAUGGGAACGUUUCCAUCUCUGAACUGAAGAUCAAGUCCAAAACUUCAGCCCUGUCUAAAGUAAAGCAGUACGCAAUAGCACUCACUACCAACAGCCUUACUUCCUUGUCACUGUCAUCUGAAGCUAGCAAGCGCAGUGGAAGGAAUUCAAGUUACCCGCGCGGUCUCUCAGUGUAGUUUAGUUCCUAACAGCCAGUAACAACCCUGGCACCUAUCACUGCAUGGUUGUGACUGAAAGCGUGUGUGGAGGAGCGGCGAAGGAGCGGUGUUCAGGCGCUUCGUCGUUGACUCCAGCUUCACUCGCGGCUGCAUCGCCGUUCAAGGAUGUAGGCGAGGACCUCAAACAGGCGGCUCAGUCGCAGCUACGAACGGACACGCUUAUAAGCCUCAAGGAAAGGUUGCAGAGGGCUUUCGCUGAUACUAGCGCUGGGUGGCCACAUGACGCCACUCGGUCGCCAAGCUCCGGGGAGCAUGACCCCUUCAAGGAGGUGAUGAGUGAUGGUGGGCUCUUUGGGGCGUCAUGCAACUACGCUGUGGGCCUACACGGAGUGCAGGGCCGGCAGCGCAAGUGCGAGGACUAUACCUUCCACCUGGCAUUGGGGCCGCAGCUGUUCGCGCCCUUUGACGACACCAGCCGGGCCUUCCUGGCCUGUGUGCUGGACGGGCAUGGCGGCGUGGGCGCGGUGCAGUACGUGGCGGAGCGCUUUCCGGCUCUGCUGCUGGAGGACCUGCCGCGACUGCGGAGCUCUCCCGGCACCGCCAUGCGCGCCGCGCUGCACGUCAUUGACGAGGAGCUACUGGCCGCGGGCCACAACAGCGGCACCACCGUGAACGCGCUGCUGGUGGUGGACGACCUGGCGACGGUCAUCAACACGGGCGACUGCCGCUGCAUACUCUACGACUACAUCGAGGAGAAGGCGGUGCAGAUCACCAACGACCACAACCUGCUGUGCGUGCGUGAGCGGGAGCGCGUGGUGGGCGCGGGCGCGGAGCUCAGCGACUGCGGCGGCUAUGUGGUGCUGCCCUGCCCCACCGACGGCUCCAAACUGCUGGGCGUCACCAAGGCGCUCGGGCACGCGGGCGUCAAAGCCUUCCAGCGCUCCAGCACCCUCACCUCCCUGCUGGGCAUCAACGAGCUGGGGUCGGUGGGGUUCAGCGGCACCCUGGAGGAGGAGAGCGAGUCGGGGUCAGAGGCGGAGGCUGGCGAGGGCGAGGCCGGGGAGCGGCGGGGCGGCUCGGCAGAACUGCCGCGGCGGCCGGCGCCAGUCGGCACGAGCGGCACUGGCUCGCCGUACUGCAAGGCGGCGGGGACGGGCGGCAGCGGCCGGCGGGCGACAACGGUGUCGCCCUCGCCGGGCUCGGGGCGGCCGCCGCGCAGCCCUGGGCUGCCUGGGCCGUCGGCGUCGUCGUUCAGCAGCAACGGCGGCAGCAGCAGUCGGGGCCCGGUGGCGGGCGCGGAGGCGCACGAGAACGGCAAGGCCGGCUCGGGCGCGGGAGCGGACAGCGAGCCCGUUCCGGCGGGGCGGGGCGUGAUCAGCGCCUGCGGCCUGAUCAACGGGAGUCCACCCGGGGCGGGGGUCGAUGGGUACAGCCCAUCGCACUCCAACGGGCACGCGAACGGGCAAGCGAAUCGGGAAGCAAACGGGCAUCAAUUGCACUGCAACGGGCACGUGAGCAGCAACGGACACGCGAUUGGGCACUGCGCGGCGUGCCCCGCGAACGUCGACGUACAGGGGCAGCGGCGAGGCGAGGCGCCGUCAUUGCCGCGGCCGCGCGACAGCAGCGGCGGCGGCAGCGCCAACGGGUCUAGCGGGCAGCAUGCGCGGUCUUCGUCGUGUCCGGACGGCUCCGUCGCUCACAACGGCACGGGCUCCAGCUUCAGCACCGCCGCGGGCGCGGCCCAUGCCGCGGCGGCAACCGCAUCGUCACCCUCCGCCGCCGCCAACGGCUCUGCAGUGGCCUCAGCGCUGACCUCGAGCCUGCUCUCCGUAGAUCUGGCACCGGCAGGGCCCGCCGGCUGUGCGGCCGCGGCCACAUCUUCACCCUCGCCGGCGCCGCCGGCCUGCUUUUCGAACGCCAGCGUAGCCAGCAACGGCGGUUUUGUGCUAGAGUGCGACCCGGACGUGUUUACCUUUGAGGUCAGGGACGACCGGCACUUGGUGCUGCUGGGCUGUGACGGUGUGUUUGAUAAGAUGACGAACAUUGAGGCCUGCAAGACGGCUGUGCGCUCGCUCACCACCAGCACCAGCUGCGCCGACGCCGCGCGCGAGGUGGCCCACCGCGCCGUGCGGCUGGGCAGCUCGGACAACGUGACAGUGUGCAUCGCCAGGUUCGGGCGGAAGCCCAUCAUGCGCAAGCAGAGCCUGAGCGUGCUGUCGCUGCGGCGCAGCAGCAGCAACACCUCGGGAGACCUGGCCGCUUCAGGCGGCAGCAUGUCGUUGCUUGCCGGCGUGGCGACCAGCAGCCUGCUCGGCGCAAGCUCGAGUCCCUCGCCCGGCGGCGGCGGGACAGUGCUCAGCGCCGCGGCGGCGGCCACGACGUCACAUCUUGCGCCGACAAGCGGCGAUGGAGCUGCAGGUGCACUGCGGCCGUAAGCGCUCAGCGCAUUCAGUGCCGUUCAAGUGGGGUCGGCUGCUGAGGAGCAGGCGUGCGGACUGGGUGGUGCUUGCACUAGGGUAGUAUCUAUUCCGGCUUCCGGUUCCAUGUCUGUUGUUGGUGUUGUCAACAGGCGCCCUGCCGGCAAGAGCGUGUGAGCUGAGCGAGAUGGGAGUGAGUGAUUGUUUGGAGAGCUGUGCUGCACAGCACAGGCCGGUGGGCGGAUGGUGCUGGCGGAAACCACUGACGGUUCCACCCGCCAGAAUCCAAUCGCAAUCCAUCACGCCUUAACAGAGAAGAGAAUUAGUUCGCUUCAAUAGGAUUUCUUGGCAUAGAGUUGUGGCAAACGAGUGCAGGUUUGACGCACAACACCAAGGAGGUUCACUUAUUCACCAUGCAUGCAUCCUCAGACGUUUGCGUGCGCAGCGGCAACCGUGCAGGAGUGAGCCGCCUGAGCCUUUCAUCUAACAAAUGCACUGUGCCAUAGCAACCGGAUUGUACUGCGGAUGAGGCGGACCACCUGGAUGCUGCGUCGAGCGAGUAUGUUUCGAGACAUUGAUAGUUCUUUAGCGGUCAAGAGGGACCUCCUCGAGCACGGGUGCAGGAGGCAAUUGCGUUCUGACCUCGAUGUCGGGGUGUGUGUUUAAUGCCCGCGUUUAUUGUCUGGCUUUUAUGCCUAUGUUCCUUGUCUGGUUUUUGGAGUGCAAAUAAAGUUGUAUGCUUAACCUCUGGCGAAGCGUGAGCGCCCAGUGCGCAAGCCCUCUUCCAUCUCUGGGUGACAUCUUAAAUGGGUAAUCAACGGCCUACUUAUACACACGCGCUACACUUUGAUUGCGACAUUUGGGGGCCCUUUGCGGGUCAUGUACACAUAUUUCAGUGUGUCUCAAGGAUUCCCAACGUACGCACAUGGUACACCUGCUGGCGGUUGGUCUGUUCUGCCGUACUCUUUCUUAAACUACCUGCAAGCGUGCGGAGGUUCGUGCACAAUCGGGGCAUUGUCGCGUGUAACGCGUUCUCUUUGGCUCAGUGGCCCCGGCUAUGUCCGGGCAAUGAGGUUGUUCGGCCUCAGACUGUGGAGGGGCUCGGCCCCCUUUUCCCGUGACCGGGGAACACUUGUCGUCGGCUCAGUGGGCAUUGCCCCAACCUUGACUGCCAUCCUCUUGAGCAACACGCCAGCGCUGAAGUCCUAGGAAGGGCAUCCCCGCCCCAAACUUCCAUAGCGCGGACUGGAAGCUGAAGAAUAUUAGGAGAGGUUGCGCAGGGUGUGGACGGGCGGUCGGGCGCUGGGGGCAUGGGGGCUUCAAGCCUUCGAAUCAUCAGGGGGGCUCAUUGAGCGAUGCAGCUGAUGUGAACCGCUCGGCAGACUGCUCCGUAGCGGUCCAGGGCGUGCCCCACGUGUUGGACGAAGUGGCUC